AUGCUCGCACACACCACUCUCCGCUCAGCCGCCAUCCCGCGCGCAUCCCUCGCAAACCCCCGUCUCGCCCGCACCUACGCCCAGCAAAACGGCCCCGCCGCGCAGGAGCCGAUCAACCAGGAGCGAGGCCCGUCCCGCACGCCCUUCUACAUCGGCGCAGCGCUCGUCAUCCUUGUUGGAGGGUACUUCAGCGGUGUCUUUGCUACGCCCCCUACACCCGCCGUGAAGAACAUGCAGGUCGCCAUGCACCCCAAGACGGAGGACGCCAAGAUGGCUGCUGGAAUCCGCGAAGACCCGAAGGACGAGCCUCACAAGGCUGGCGGAGACUUGAAGGGCCGCAACCCUCCCAAGUAA